AUGUAGAUUUUUGUAAGAACACUCACUGGAAAGACAAUUACCCUUGAAUGUGAAGCCAACGAGACUUUUGAGUCCGUCAAGGCCAAGAUCCAAGACAAGGAAGGCAUACCAGCCGACUAACAGAGACUUAUCUUUGCUGGCAAACAGUUAGAAGAUGGCAGAACCCUCUCUGACUAUAAUGUCCAGAAAGAAUCAACUAUUCACCUCGUUUUAAGACUUAGGGGCGGUAUGUAAAUAUUUGUCCGAACCCUCACUGGAAAAACUAUUACUCUCGAAUGCGAGGCUAGCGACUCUAUUGAGAGCGUGAAAGCCAAGAUCUAAGACAAGGAAGGAGUCCCCGCUGAUCAAUAGAGAAUUAUAUUUGCAGGCAAGCAAUUAGAGGACAGCAGGACUUUAUCAGAUUACAACGUAUAAAAAGAAGCAACACUCCACUUGGUGCUGAGACUCAGAGGUGGUAUGCAAAUCUUUGUUAGAACCUUAACCGGUAAGACUAUCACUCUUGCCGUGGAGCCAUCAGAUAACAUUGAAAGCAUCAAGAACAAAAUUCAAGACAAAGAAGGUAUUCCAUCCGAUUCACAGAGACUAAUAUUUGCUGGCAAACAGCUUGAUGACGGUAGAACGUUAUCUGACUAUAACAUCUAAAAAGAAUCAACUAUUCAUUUAGUACUCAGACUGAGAGGAGGAAACUGA